AUGGCUGAGAAAACCGACCAGCAGGCAAUAAACGAGCAAGCUAGAAGCGAUGAAGAAUCAUGCGGGGUGGAAUCCAAGGAGCUUCGUCGAAAGAAGAGGAUAAAGUGCAUCGUCUCAUGCAUUAUCAGUCAGAUUAUACAGACUUUGAUCUUCACUCUCAUUGUGAUGAGGGUCAGGACGCCUAAGGUCAGGUUGGGAACGGUCACGUUCCCAAAUUUGGUGACCGGCACUCAGUUGAUACCUUACUUUGACUUGACCAUGAUGGCCCAAAUAAAAGUUAAGAACAGGAACUUCGGACCCUACAAAUUUGAGAGCACCAACGCGACGUUCUCGUUCCAGGGUGUAACUGUGGGACAUGUCCUUAUUCCCGAAGGCAAAGCUGGCUUUCUUUCGACGGAAAAGGUGAGUGUGACAUUGAACAUGAGCUCGAAUGCACUGCCAAGGUUCAAUGGGAGUCUGGGAAGUGAGCUGGGUGCUGGGGUCUUGACCUUGAAUGGGCAAGCCAAGUUGAGUGGGAAGGUGACACUGAUGCUUAUCAUCAAGAAAAAGAAGUCUGCCCAAAUGAACUGCACCUUGGCUAUUAAUUUGUCAGCAAAGGCAAUCCAGGAUUUGAAUUGCAUGUGA